CAAAUCGAAAUGGUUAAGGUGAUAUUGUUGAACAGGUGCUGCCUGUUGGUGAACUUAUUAUGGGGUUGCUAUGUCAUAUCGGGUAUCAUGUGGUUGGAGUCCCUAGCCUUUGGCUGGCAGUGCUUCAUGCUGAUUCGUCACAGUGGCUUCUACAUUUUAGUGACUUUUUUGCAUUUCGUGAAGCUCUUCAAUGCCAUCAUUCUGCUGUACGGACUGCUAAAUCAUAAUCGUGCCCUUGUGGCCAUCUUUCUCAUGACUAUCUCUGGGUGCAUUCUAAUUUUGUUCGUCCACUGUGUGGGUCUCCUUGUCUCUCCCGCAAUGAAGGGUUUGGACUUGGGCAAUGUCCGUUACAUUGCCAUACCUGCAUACUUUGCCUGCUACUUCUACUUCAUUUGGGUGAUUUACUCGUACUUCAUUCUCAGCCGGGAGCCGCGAACUGAGCGGGUUGAAGCCGCUUAA